AUGCCUGUAAACUACAUUGACAUUGUUAGGACCCCCAGCCCCAGUGGAACAGUGUCAGGCAGCGUGUGGAUUGACUCCAACGUGCUCUUCUUUCAGAGUCUGAGUGUGCUUGUGGGGGCAGCAGUGCCGAAGGCCAGACCAGUGCUGGAAUCCCAGCUGGAGCAGCUGCUGACCAUGGUCCACGCCCAGGUUUGUGCUUCUUUCAAAUGUCCUGGGAAACCAGAGGAGGAGAGAAGCGCAUCCUUAGUGCUGAGGUUCUGCGUCUUAGUCUGUGUCAAGGAGACCCUGAAGGAGUAUGUCCUCAUGAGCUUUGUGGCAUCCCUUCACAACCCCAGCAAUCAGGUGAAGUAUCUGGAGUCGCAGGUCCUGAUUGAAAUGGGGCAGAAGGGCUACCUGGGGCUGGGGUGCAGAGUCUUAGCUCUGGAGUACACAGUAAAGAACUGUGCCCUUGCAGAUGACACCACCCAGGCCGAGCAGAGUGUGAGCAGCAGCACUGUGAGGCAGAGCUUUGAGGCUGUGCUGGCCUGCUGGUGUGCCGAUGAGAGUGUGACUGAAAUGCUGUGGCCUGUGUACCUGCUGAGGUUCCUCACCUGGAGGAGUUAUAGCAACGCUCUGCCCACACUGUGCCAGAACCUCAGUGUGCUGCACAGGAGGCUGAGGGAGAACAGCCCCUCCUUCCUGUGCGACUUUGAUGAGCUUGCUUGGAGCAUCCCAGCCGCACAGAGGUGGGACUGAGUGCCUGAGCCUCCUGCAGUCCCUGGGCUCAGUGAUCCAUCCCCAGCUGCCCAGUGUCUGGGAGCCGCUCAUCCCACCUCUGGCCAGGUGUACCUCACAGCACAACAGGACAGAUCUGCAAAGAGAUAUGUCUGAGAGAGCACUCAGCUGCUCCCGAGAGUACACCACGAUAAGUGUAGAAGUCUGUAGCAGAAUUAUAUGAUUUCUCUCUGGGAGUUUUAGGUGCGUUUUGAGGAUUAAUCAGAUUUGGAAUCUUUCAGUGUUGCAUUAGAAUCAGUGUCAUAUCUUCUGCUGAGCACAGGUUUUGUCCUUAUGGCAGCAUUACCUGAGCAGAUCUCCAUCCCACUGUCCAGAACUGUACAGGAUACAGCAUAUCAGAUGGGAGAUUUACAUUUAUCGACACCACCAUGUCCAUAAUGUCACUCAUCUGUGUUUUCUUAUGUUCAGUUACAGCUAUUCUCCCUCAAUAAGCUCUGAGCUGCUACAGGCCCUAUCUAAGUGCUGAGUUUUUUGUGUGUUGUGUUUCAGAAUUUCCAGCAGUGGCAGGAUGGGCUGAUUGUGGUAUGUAGUGAGAGAGGGGAUUGUUAACACACACAGUGAGAGGGAGGGGGCACACACAGGGAAAGUGAUCUUCUUCCUCUGUUAGGUAAUGUCAUGUCAUUCAAAUGCAGUGACAGAUGUCUUGAACUUCCUCUCCUGGCUUGCUGUGGAUUCAAGAGAAUAAUCUAUCUUCUCUUGUUUUGGAUAAUUUGCUAAAUAUUAUUGUUAAACAUUUAAAGGUAAAUGUUAAAUUUAGAGAUUUUGAUAUUAUUUUAUAUUUU